AUGGCUCAUGCCGGGAUGGUUCUCGAAGAAUGGCAACUUCUGGAUGGUAUCCUGGACAGGGCAAAAUCGAGCUCGGUAUCACUCACAGGACGAAACCUGACGAUAGCAGACGUUGUAUCUGUGGCACGUUACAACGCGCAAACAGACAUCAGUUCCUCAGCCAUUGAGCGGAUGAAUGGCGGCCUGAACAUGCUUGAGACGAGGCUUCAGGGGGGAGACAUCAUAUACGGUGUCAAUACUGGCUUUGGGGGAUCUGCAGACUCCCGGACCAAGCAGAUCGCUGAGCUACAGCGAGCACUCAUCAGAGAGCUUCACUAUGGGGUUCUCCCUCACGGAGGGAGAGAUCAUCACGCAGCACCACUGGAUGAGACGCUCGAAAUACACCGUCGUGAUCUGUCACUCGAUAUCGGCAGUGACCGGUCUUACUUACCUCGUUCGUGGGGCCGCGCAGCAAUCCUUAUCCGUAUCAACUCGUUGAUAUCUGGGUGCUUGGCCGUCAGACCCGUCAUCGCUGAGCGAAUGCAGGAUUUGUUGAGACACGACAUUGUGCCAAUGAUACCCCUUCGCGGUAGCAUAUCCGCAUUUGGAGAUCUGAUUCCCCUAUCCUAUGUUUCUGGUGCUAUUCAGGGAAAACCCACGAUCCGGGUAUUGUCUAGGGGGGAACAAGACGUCUACGCAGACACAGCCUUGAACAGGGCCGGUCUACAGCCUGUGACAAUACAAGCAAAGGAAGGGCUUGCUAUUACAAACGGGACGGCCGUUUCGGCUGCUGUGGCCGCCCUGGCGCUUCAUGACACCCAGGGUCUUGCUCUUCUGGCUCAGGUGCUCACUGCCAUGAGCACUGAGGCUUUGAAUGGAACCACAGAAAGCUUCCACCCGUUCUUCUCGGAAGCCCGACCGCACCCUGGCCAGAAGCCGCCCACAACAUACUAG